AAAAUCGUCUGCUGGUAAGGAAUUCAGUUAUUCAUUUUUAAAAACAUGAUUGUAUAUAUUUUUUCUUGUCCAGCAACUAAGUCAUCACAAUUUGAUUUAGCAAAAAAGUUACCAACACCACCAAUCCGGUUUACCGUUUCUAACAAAAAGAAGCCAUCUGAGUGUUUUAGUAUAAAAAGAUCUUUGGCAGAAUCUGUUUCACCUGUAAUAUGUAAACAAAUUAUGUAUGUGGAAGAUUCACCAAUGUUGUCACCAUCAGAACCAAAUACACCACGAUCACCACUUGCUGCUAACCCUUGUUCUAGUUCCAGUUCUUCCACCUCAAAGAAACCCAGCAAGAGCAAUGAAGCAGCUUGUAAUAAGGAUAAAUAUCCUUUACCUGAAGUAGAGUUGCAACGAAAGGUUUUACUUGGGAUUUCCGAAAUUCUAAAUCUCCUGAGAAACAACAGAACAACAGGUACCAGCCAUGACAAUAAAAAAUGCUUGUCAGAGGAGGAAUUUGAAACUCUGGAAAGAAAAGUCAAAGAAGACAAGACUGAAUUCAAAAAUCUUGUCGACAAAGUAUCCAAUAUAGGUGGUAGUAGUGAGAGGGAAUGUACAAAGAACAUACUAUUAAUGUAAGUGUUUAUUAUUAUUUAAAAAUUGAUAAGGCCCGUGGAAAACUUAACUUAGGCAUGAAAACAAUGGAAAAAACAUGUAUAUAUAUACAAGAUACAUUUUUGUUUUAUUUAAAAGGUUAACAACAGAUUGCAACAAAAUACAUCUUUCGCAAUAUGUUUUAUAAGUGUGUUGUUCUACAUUACCAAGGGUUUUCAACAUUUUAUUUUCUCACAUUCGUUUCAAUCUAUCUAACUAUUUAUUUUGAAGAACAUAUUAUUAAAUUUACCCUUCUCUCUUACAUUUGUUUGGAUAUAGUCUGUUUGGGUAUGUUUAUAAUC